AUGGAUGCCACAGAGAGCAAGGCCUCCGUGGUUAUAAAGUUCCACAACAUUGUGAAUGAAACCACCUCCCACUUUUGUCCAUCAUUGCAGCAAAUCCCCCUCACUGCAAACCCGUCCAUUCUCCUCCAUGUGCUCUCAUCCUACGGGCUGGAACCCAAGGAUUUGGCUGCUUUGGAGGCUACAUGUAAGUUCUUCAGAAGCCCUGCAAACUUUGAGCCAGAUGGCACACUGUCUCUCCCAGACAUUGCAGCAUAUGAUACUUGCUGCCAAAAGGACAUCUUGAAGUCAAUGAAGAAUGAGGAAAAAGAGAGGUUGAAGCAGCGUUGUGGAGGCUCUUGGAAGCUCGUCCUUAUGUACCUGUUGAUCGGUGAGAAGAAUUACCACCGUGGGAAAUCCCAGGUUGUUGCUGGACCAGAGCAUAGCAUCGUUGUCACGGCAAAGGGGGACGUGUACUCAUUCGGCGCAAAUUCUUCAGGGCAGCUUGGACUUGGGAAUACAGAAGGACAGUGCAAACCAUGCCUUAUCAGGUCUCUGCAGGGCAUCAGAAUCACACAAGCCGCAGUCGGCUCGAGGCGGACAAUGCUCGUGAGCGACACAGGAAGCGUGUACGUGUUUGGACAGGAUAGUUUUGCAGGUUUAGAAUCUGCUGGUUCUUAUACUAGCAGCCCUAAGGUUGUGGAGUCACUGAAAGGCAUAUUUGUAGUCCAAGCAUCUGUUGGGGGCUACUUCUCUGCAGUUCUGUCAAGAGAGGGUCAGGUUUACACUUUCUGUUGGGGGCGUGAUGCGAGGCUUGGUCAUCGUUCAAAUCCGACUGAUCUCGAGCCUCGCCUUCUCUCUGGACCGCUUGAGCAUGCUCUUGUUGUGCAGAUUGCCGCGGGCAAUUGCUAUCUCCUUAUGUUGGCCUACCAACCGACUGGAAUGUCGGUCUACUCAAUAGGGUGCGGCGAAGGAGGCAAGCUUGGGCAUGGAUGCGAAGAAAAACUGAGGAUCCCAAGAAUGAUCAAACAUUUCCAGACACUGAAGGCAAAACCGGUGUCGGUUUCAGCAGGCGCUUUCCAUUGUGCAGUUCUGGCAAGUGAUGGACGUGUGUUCACAUGGGGGCGGAACCCCAAUGGUUGUCUGGGACACGAUGAUCGACAACAUUAUACUAUCUUCCCCACGGCAGUGGCAAGCUUGGCGCGUGUGAAGGCUAGGUAUGUCUCAGCUGGCUUUAGAUCCACCUUCGUCGUCUCAGAUAAUGGCCAUGUCUACUCCUUUGGGUGCGAUCAUUCGGAUAAUCUGGGUGUUGAGGACGACAGGAUUCCCAACCUAGUCAGGUUGUUUCAGGAAGACGAGGACGGUGUGGAAGUGGAAGACGACGCGGACGACGGGAUUCCCAAUCUAGCCACUCGGAUUGUUGCGGUGGAUGGAAAGGUUGUGCAGAUUAGCGCGACCAACACCUGGGACUGGGUCGACAACUACAAGAAUAAAGAUGGCUCUCAUACGCUCGUCCUCACCGAAUCCGGCAGGGUCUACUCUCUCGGUGUAGGUAGCAAGGGGCAGCUUGGUAUGAAGCUUGCUGAGGGACAGAAAACUAGGCCUGCUCCACGUUGUGUUGACAUUGAUCUCGCCUAGCUUCAUUUCACCAGCAUCGACCUCAACCAUCCCCCAAUGGC